AUGGUUAGUGGUAUUGUUUUAGAUCAAAAAUUUUGGAUGAAAUAUUUUAAGAUUGUAAAGAUUGUGGAUCCUAUCAUUCAUUUAUCAAGAAUUGUAGAUGGAGAUGAAAGACCUUCUAUUGGCUAUGUGUAUGCAGGUAUGCAAAUGGUGAAAAAUACCAUCAAGGAGAUGCUUAAGCGUGAUGAAUACAUUAAAUCUUUGGAGUUUCAACUUCAAAGUGGUAAUGAUCAUGGUAGUCCAAACAAUGAAGAUCGAUACUUCAAAACGGAUCAUGACGCAGACAUUAUUACACACAACAACAAGGGAAAGGGGGCAAACAACCACCAGAUCUAA